AAGAAACGCUCCACAGGUCACAUUUUUAAUCUUAUGAAUCGGAUAAAACCCUCAGUCCAGCAGCAGAGAGCGGAGCUGGAGGAGAGACGCGCUGCAAGGUUUCAUGAUGUCAUCCAACCUCCUUCUUUGGGGCGGAGCUAUGCUCUUAUGCUCCAUGGCUCCGCCCAUCAUAUGUUUCUCCCACGGAGCGAGUCUCACUUCCUGUCAGGAGAUGAUUCCUGGACACAUCCGCGCUCAUCCCCUGAACCUGAAGCACAGCUUCAUCACCUUACAAACCUCAUCAUCCUCAUACCUGCCUGGGCAGCUGAUAACAGUGACUGUACGAAGCUCCAGAGACUUCAUGGGUUUCCUGCUCCAGGCCCGCAGUGUUGGUGGGGAAAGGAAUGGGUUGGGAGAAGGUCCUGGUGUCAGGCCAGAGAGACCCGGUCCACUUCUGGUGGGUGGCUCCUGGAUUCGAUUGCCACCAGGUACCCACACCUUACGCUGCCUGUUUGAAGGUGACACGGUCACACACUCGGACAAACAGCUAAAGAGGAACCUGUCGUUUGUGUGGAGAGCUCCUGACAUGCCAAAGGGAGACAUACGCUUCCACAUAACUGUGGUACAAUCCUACUUCGUGUACUGGACUGGUAUUGAGUCUGCAGUGGUGUGUGAUCGGAGUCCCAGUGCUUGGAGACGCAGUAAAACCAAAAUGGCGGAUGGAGCAAGCACAAUUGUUGCUGUGCAAGAGACGGUUACUGCCCAGACAGCUAACAGAAAAGCUACUCUUGCCCUUUUCUCUGGACGCCCUUCCAAUAUAAAAAAUGCAACUGAGAUUCUGACAGUUCUGAAACUACAAACCAAAGAUGAUCACACAACAUUAGAAACAAACAGCUCUGUGACUCGGAGAACAGUGGCUGCAAGGAAGACUUUGACUUCUGAAUCUCCUCAAAGUACCACCAAUGAGUCUCCUGGAUUCCUCACAGGCGUGUCGAAAAGGAUAACAACUGAACCCUUUUCUUACACAAGUGUCUUUCCCUUACCAUCAUCACCUCCUGAUACUGUAUAUACAGUUACUACAAAACAGUUUCCACUGGCUUCAUUUUCCACAUUAAACUCUCUUGUACCCUUACAAAUGGACACAUGGACAAAGAGCAACGAUCUCCAGAAAAGAUCACAGGAGCUAAAACUUAAAAACAAUCCUGGAGGAAAACAUUACAAGACAUUUACUGUAAUACCAACCCAAGGUCCAACAAUGGAAACCUUUUUCAGUACACGUACUCCUGUAGACCACACUUUGACAGACCCAAACAAAAACAAAUCAAGAAAGUCUGAGACCUCAAGUAGCUCAGAGAAACUGGGUGACAAUGUCCCAUCUAAUUCCCAAUCGAGGAUAGUCAAGACCGAAGUAACUCAAUCCUACCAAAGGUCUUUGUUCAACUCUUCUAGGUUUCAAAUGGUUGCAGAUCCUAAGUCCCAAACUAAUGCAAGUCAAACCUCUUUAGGACCCAAAAGUACUCCAAAACAAACCAGUUCACCUAAAAAAACAAUCCCUAACUUUCAUCAAACUCAACCUAUUUCUCUCCAAGGAGAAAAUACCCAGUUUGACUCAUCAACAGAGACUUUGAGACCCUUUUCCCAACCACUGUCCCAAACAAGACGGGUGUUUUCUCAAUCCACCUUAACUCCUCAACCAGUCACAGUUUCCUCAGGAGAAAAUGAUCCUACGUCUGAGGGAAAUACCAAAACCUUGGCCCCGGUUGUUGGUUUUGUCCCUUCAAACACUUCAUCUUCUUUUGCAAGUCACAGCAGUGAAAACUUCACAUCAGUCACAUCAACAUCUUCCAUUCAUUUCCCUUCUCACCCAUCUCAGAAUGAACCUCAAACAACCCCAAAUCAUUCUGUACCAGCGCCACCUUCCCCAAUAUCCAUACCUCACCAUUUAACCUCUACUAAAUACCAAACCUCCACUCCGCCAACCUUCUCUACGUCUUCCACCAUUUCUUCCUUCAGUGCAUCCAACUAUCCAACAAGGCCUUCUUUGCCUACUUCAAUCUCCCCAACUUCAUCAACUUUCUCUUCUUCUACUCCCUCUUUCUCAGUUACUUCACCAUCUUUAAGAGUGAGUUUGUCAUCUUUUAUUUCACCCAUCAGCUCCCCUGAACCAGAACCAACAUCAGCGCCUCAUAAAAUCACUCUAGAUCAGAAGUUGGUAACCCAAACCCACCAUGCACCAAACUCUGAGACUCGAUUCACCUCACCGGCACACAGAAAGGUGGUCCAUCCAAACCCCAAACCUUAUCCCAACCUCAGACCAAAUCAUGACCAAGAGAUCAAACCAAACAUUCAAAACACGGAUACCAAAGCAAAGCAUCCCUCAGAUCCCGCUGACGCUCCGGACAAAGAAGGAAAGUAUCCGGACAUUGUACCCAGACACAGUGCCUGGGAGCUGGGCAUGCUGCUGGGCUGCUCGGUCGGGUUGGGCAUGGUUCUGGUGGUCGGGUUGAGGUAUGUCUACCGGCAGGCCUGUGGCAGGCGGACUGAGGUGACACUGAACGACCGCGAGCGAGAGAACGGCAGAGGGGACCAAGGGCUGGUUCACCUCCAGGAGUGUGGCGAUUUGGUCAGAGUUAGAAAAAUCAGAGAGAACAGCUUCGUGUUUCUGGCGGAGUACGACAUUCUGGCACCGCCUUCAAACUGAGAGAGAGGCUUUUAAAUGUCCGAAAGGUGGAUCUGGAAGACAAUUAGGACCACCAGAAAAAUAAAAAAAACACUUCUCUUCACAGAAUUCUGAUAUUAAACUUCUGAGAUCAAAAGUCAUAUUCUGACAAAAAGAAAACUCCAGAUUUUGAGAUUAAAUUCAGAAUUCAGAGUGAAAAAUGUCAGAAUUCUGAGAAAAAAACCUCUGAGAUGAAAGUCAGAGUUCUGAGAAUUUUAAUGUUUUGAGUAAACAAGUCAAAAUUUGAAUGAAUAAAAAAUGAACUCUGAGAUUGUGAGAAGAUUCUUUCUACUGGCCCUAAUCCUCUUCAGUAGAGAAAUGCUGCUUUAAAGAUGACAAAAUCUAUUGUUUAGGAAACAUUAGUCAUACAGAAAAUUUCUAAAAAAUCUUACCAAGAGGAGAUGGAUGUUAUCCUUUAUAUCCCAAACCAGCUGCUAUAACGCUUCCUUUAUAUUAGUAGAUAAAUUGUGAGUAAUUUUAUCAUAUUUAAAGCAUUCUUAUGUUCUAUUGAUGUGACUGAUGUUGACAGGUUUGUUUCAUGCCUAUAAUUGCAUGAGAACAUAAUAAAAAUACUUACAAAUAGUUUCCCUCCACUGCGUUGUGGCUAUUAUUUCUAAAUUCAAUGUGUCGUUUUACUCGAUGGUCCA